AAUUUAUAAAUAUAUAUUCUUACGCUAAAGCUAUAGAUGAUUUCAGUUGUUUAUCAUAGUACAACGUGUUAAUAAGUCUGACAUUUUUUUUAAGUUAAAUUCUUAAUUGAAAAGAUCAGUCAGACAUUUAUUGUGAUUUUUUUUAUUUUUUCGAAAAUAUAAAAGCUGGCCAACUUAAUACCAUAUAGAAGAAAUCGUUUUUAAAAUUUUAAAUAAUUAAACAAACAUGGAUAUAAGCUCAAAACCAAAAAGAAAAUUUUUUAGCAGUUGAUAGAGUGUUUUUUGCAAAACGAAAAAUCCCCAAAAUAAAGUCUACAAUAAAAUACAAAAACACUAACUACUUUAUUAAUUAAAAAUAAUUAAAUAAAAAUAAAUUUUUAUAUAAAAUUAAUUAAACAAAAAAAUAGUGAAAAAUUAAAGGAAAAGAUAGAAAACAAAAUCAACCGCUUCCAAUAACUUCCAAAGCUUUUAUAGUAAAACAAACAAAAAAAAGAAUAAUUUUUUUAAAAUAACUAUGCGCACAUUACAAAUCUUUAUUUCUGUUGUAAAUUAAAACUGCUUUCUUCCUAAAUUAUAAAUAAUUAAAUAGUAAAAAAUACUACUUUGCUUAACGAAACAAUAAAUAAUUUUACGAAUAUAAAGAAAAAAAAAACUAAACCCCAUGACAACUCUAAAAACGAAAGUAAUUUAAAGAAAACACAAAUUAACAAAAAAAAAAAGAAAAUUUUUUAUAAUUUCUGCUAAAAAGAAAGUGUUAAUUUUUUUCAAAUAAAUAUUUGCAACGUUCUAAAUAUAAAAAACAAAAAUUAAUAAAUUAGCGUUAAUUUUAUCUAAUAAAAAUAACAACAACAUUAAAAAAGUUUAAAAUUAGAAAUCAUUACUGCAACUAGUCCUUCAAUAUUGUACACGCUUCCAUUAUGUCGGAACCUAUAAACAAUAUAACUCUAACGACGUCGUUACCCAACGGCUCGUUAUCAUCAUCAUCAUCAGCUUCAGCCUCAACAUCAGCAGCAGCGGCCGCCACAUCAUCAGCCACCAGCUUAACGUCGGCCCACGCCACUAACUCCUCCUCAUCCACCAACAAUUGUGGCUCUACGCCCAUGCUUAACGGACACAUUGGCACGCACUAUACGCAUUCGAAACAUAAUUUUGAACGUUAUACCAGCCACACCAAUGACUACGUUUCCAUACCACAAUUCUAUGCGGGACGCAGUGUAUUCAUUACCGGUGGCACUGGUUUUAUGGGAAAGGUCUUGGUUGAAAAAUUACUACGCUCUUGUCCGGAUAUAAAAAAUAUUUAUCUACUGAUACGGCCCAAAAGAGGGCAAGGAGUCUCUGCUCGACUUGAUGAACUGCUAGAUGCACCGCUUUUUGAAAAACUAAGAAGAGAAAAACCAAAGGAUUUGAGUAAAGUAAUUCCUAUAUCGGGUGAUAUAACAUCCGAAGAAUUGGGCAUUUCGGAAAGUGAUCAGGCUAUAUUGUGUCGCAAUGUAUCGAUUGUAUUCCAUUCAGCUGCCACUGUUAAAUUCGAUGAAAAGCUCAAAUUAUCAGUUACAAUCAAUAUGUUAGGGACAAAACGUUUGGUUGAAUUAUGUCAUCGUAUGAUGUCUUUAGAUGCACUAAUUCAUGUAUCCACUGCCUAUUGCAAUUGCGAUAGAACCGAAGUAUCUGAGGUUAUUUAUGCACCACCCUAUAAUCCCGAUGAUAUUAUUUCUUUAGUUAAUUGGCUUCCGGAAGAUACACUCGAUACGCUAACUCCCUCACUGAUUGGUAAACGCCCAAAUACUUAUACAUUUACAAAAGCCUUAGCUGAACAUAUGCUACUCAAGGAGGCUGGUAAUCUUCCAGUUGCCAUUGUGAGGCCAUCUAUAGUGACUGCCAGCUUAAAUGAACCUUUUGCCGGUUGGAUUGAUAAUUUUAAUGGUCCCACUGGUCUCUUAUCUGCCAUGGCCAAAGGUCUAUUUCGCACAAUUGUGUGUGAGAAAAAUUGCAUUGCCGAUGUGGUACCUGUUGAUAUUGUGAUUAAUCUAAUGAUAACGGCUGCAUGGCGCACAGCAUCCCAUAAAACUAAUGAUAAUUUAUUAAUUUAUAAUUGUUGUACCGGUCAACGACAUCCCAUAACGUGGGGUAAAUUUGUUAACUAUGCCAUUGAUCACGUUCGUAAACAUCCAUUAGAGGGUUGUGUUUGGUAUCCUGGUGGCGUUUUACGUCGUAAUGUUACCAUUAAUGCUGUACAGGGCUUUAUUUUACAUUAUAUACCAGCUUAUAUAUUGGAUAUUAUUGCACGAUUUGCUGGUAAAAAACCAUUUGUUGUUAAAGUCCAAAAUAAAAUCGCCAAAGCAGUAGAUUGUUUACAAUACUUUGCCACCCAUCAGUGGCAAUUUAAGGAUGACAACGUCUAUGCUCUCUUACAAACCCUCAGUCCAAAGGAUCGCGAGACAUUUGUAUUCGAUGUGACCACAAUUAAUUGGGAAAAAUAUAUGGAACGAUAUGUUUUAGGUUUUAGACAAUUUCUAUUUAAACAAAAACCACAAUCAUUACCUGGCAGUCGAAAAAGAUUAUUAAGAUUGUAUUAUAUAAAUCAAUUAACAAAAUUAUUAAUGGUCGUAUUUACUUGGCGUUUUCUAAUGUCACGUUCAAAACGUUUAAAUGCCUUGUGGUCAACAUUUUUACAAAAUCUUUUUAAAAUAAUGCGUCUUAUGCCAUUUUUGUAAUAUAUUUAUUAUUUUAAUUAUUAUUAUUAUAAUUAUAAUUUCGUAAUUGAAAAAAAAUUAACAAAAAAUUUAACAAAAAAAAAUCUACAAAAAA